GUCUGGGCGGCGACCGGGUCCCGAAGCCAGAUUCCCCCGCGGGGUGUCGACGUGCGGGGGGUGGGGACCCGCGGAGGUCUCCGGACUUGGGCUGUGAGCUGGGCCAGCGAGAUCUGUAUACCGGGCGUCUGGACUUGGUGGCUGUGGGCGCCCUCCCCUCCCACGACCCCCCAAAAGAAACUCCGUGAAUUUCUGCAAUUUUCGGGGAGCUCUUUAAAAGUUAAUGAGCGGGGAUCUGAUGAGCUUCUUUCUUCUGGUGUCAUUAACGGACCUUUUACCAUGAACAGUUCUACUUCUACAGGUGUGUAUGCUAAUGGGAAUGACAACAAGAAAUUUAAAGGAGAUAGACCUCCCUGUUCGCCUUCCCGUGUUCUCCAUCUUCGCAAAAUUCCAAGUGAUGCCACCGAAGCAGAGGUCAUAUCAUUAGGUCUACCAUUUGGCAAAGUAACUAAUCUUUUGAUGUUGAAAGGAAAGAGCCAGGCUUUCUUAGAAAUGGCUUCUGAGGAAGCUGCUGUUACUAUGGUGAAUUACUACACUCCCGUUACUCCUCACCUUCGAAGCCAGCCUGUUUUUAUUCAGUAUUCCAAUCACAGAGAACUUAAGACUGACAAUCUACCUAAUCAAGCUAGAGCCCAAGCUGCACUGCAGGCUGUCAGUGCUGUCCAUUCGGGAAGUCUGGCCCUUCCUGGAGCUCCUACUAAUGAAGGCACGGUUCUACCUGGGCAGAGCCCUGUGCUCCGAAUAAUUAUUGAAAACCUCUUUUACCCUGUUACUCUGGAAGUUCUUCAUCAGAUAUUUUCUAAAUUUGGCACAGUCUUGAAGAUUAUCACCUUUACAAAGAAUAACCAGUUUCAAGCCUUGCUUCAGUAUGCUGACCCAGUGAAUGCACAUUAUGCCAAAAUGGCUCUGGAUGGCCAGAAUAUCUAUAAUGCAUGCUGCACUCUGCGUAUUGACUUCUCCAAGCUCACCAGCCUUAAUGUGAAAUAUAAUAAUGACAAAAGCAGAGACUUCACUCGUUUAGACCUUCCUACCGGUGAUGGCCAGCCAUCCCUUGAACCCCCUAUGGCUGCUGCUUUUGGUGCGCCAGGUAUAAUUUCUUCACCGUAUGCAGGGGCUGCUGGAUUUGCCCCAGCCAUUGGAUUUCAUCAAGCUACAGGUAUAUCAGUCCCAGCUGUUCCUGGAGCUCUGGGCCCUCUCACAAUCACCUCCUCUGCUGUCACUGGAAGGAUGGCCAUUCCUGGGACUAGUGGUGUACCAGGAAAUUCUGUUCUACUUGUCACCAAUCUCAAUCCGGAUCUUAUCACACCACAUGGGCUUUUUAUCCUGUUUGGAGUAUAUGGUGAUGUACAUCGAGUGAAGAUUAUGUUUAAUAAGAAAGAGAAUGCCUUGGUUCAGAUGGCAGAUGCAAGUCAAGCUCAGCUAGCCAUGAACCACCUGAGUGGGCAGAGACUUUAUGGAAAAGUGCUUCGCGCUACAUUGUCCAAACAUCAGGCAGUUCAACUUCCUCGAGAGGGACAAGAAGACCAAGGUCUGACUAAGGAUUUUAGCAAUAGUCCUUUGCAUCGCUUUAAAAAACCUGGCUCUAAAAACUUCCAGAAUAUUUUUCCACCAUCAGCCACUCUGCAUCUUUCCAACAUCCCCCCUUCUGUUACAGUGGAUGAUCUGAAGAACCUUUUCACAGAAGCUGGAUGUUCAGUGAAGGCUUUUAAAUUCUUUCAGAAAGAUCGCAAAAUGGCACUCAUUCAGUUGGGAUCUGUGGAAGAAGCAAUCCAGGCCCUCAUUGAGCUUCAUAACCAUGACCUUGGAGAAAAUCACCACCUCAGAGUUUCCUUCUCAAAAUCUACAAUCUGAUUUUUCUGUGAAUUUUUCUCCUAAGACUGGACCAUAAUUUCAGUAAAACCUUCAGACAUAGACUGAAGCAGCUCAAGACCAAUUCUGCCUCUUUCACAAAAAUAACUCUGAGUUUGAUAUCCAAGUAUAUUCAGAAAAUCAAGGGACAUUCUUUUUUUCCAUUUUUCUCCCUUGUCAGUAUGUGAUCAAAGGCUUGUUUUUCCUUUGUACCUUCGUGUCUAUGAAUAUAACCUUCAGGAAAAAAAAUCAGGAAAAGAAUUUUUUGAAUAAUUUAAUUCCCUGUAUUAAAUCGGAUUUCAAGAGGACAGACUUUAUUUUAGUUUGGGUCCAGAUCAGCCUUAUACAACAUUUCUAAACUCCUUUGUACUUUGGAAAAAUUUAAACAAACAGACUUUUUAAAUUACUUACAACGAAGUUUUUAACUUUAUGAUUCAGAAGUUCGACCCCUAUAGGAAAUUAUGUUCACUUCUAAAUUUUAUCAGUUGUUAGGCAUAUAUUGAUAGGUAUUAUACAUAAACAAAUUGGGUUGUAUUGGAAGAAAAUUUAUAAACUUGCACAUUUUCUUUUAGUAGUUUCUUUUUUUCACUGUAAGACACUCCUUUGAAGAAUACAUAUCUUUAAUUUUUUAAGACUGUUUGGAGAAAUGAAGUGUCUCAGUUGUCCCCAAGGAAAUUAAAUGGAAUCCAGGAUCUGUUAAGGUGUCAUAAGAAAUACUAAUUUUAUUAGGAAAAGUCAUGGUUUAAAUUUCAAAAUGAUACUAUUUGCUGAGUAAUAUGAUCUUGGAAAAUUUAAAAAGAAAAAUAAUCCUACUUAUAAACUACUUUUUUAUAAUUGUUUUCAGAAAAAAAGUUUACAGUCUUAAGGAAAAUAUUCAGGUCUAUCAUAUGGUUUGACAGAUUUUUUAAAAGUUAUUUUUGGUAAGGUCUUCUUUUAGAAAAAAAUUAAUCUCAAGGGUUUUUUGUACCACUAUAAUCUCUAAUACUUAUUCAGAAUUACUGUGUAUUUACUUAAUUUCUUAUUAUGUGCCUUAUUAUGUGCUUAUGAUACAAUAGGUUAGAAUUUUAUCUAAGUAUCUUGAAAGCUAUAUUGUGGGCUUGGUGAGCGUUUUGUUUUUUCUUUCCCUGUUUUGGUAAGGAUUUUAAAGUUUUUUCAUUGCAAUUUAAGUGGUUUUCAAUAAGUAAUAGUUUUUAUUCAAAUUUUUGGUGCUUUGGUGCAGACAUGGGGUAGGAAAGGGUGAUGGUUUGGGGAAUAACUCAGUGCACACCUGUAGGCCUCUUCACUUUGUGACCAGUGGUGGUCAUUGCCAGUUAUAGCAUACCAGUUUGAGACUAUAAAAUGCAAUUUCAGUUUCUGAAUCUUGUCUAACCUUUAUCACCCAGUAGAAUUUGUCUCAGGUUUACUUGGAUUUUCUCAGUACAGUGGGAUGCUUUUCUUUGUUAAUGUAACUUUAUUACUGAGUGUCCACCUUAUAUGGAAUAUGAGAAGGUAGGUCCUUUCUCAUACUCUGUCCUUUUCUCUUUUGGUUGAGUGUAAGAAUACAUUUUAAUGUUGCUUCAGUGAUUCUGUAAUGUAAAAUUAUU